AUGUUUUGCAAAAGAUUCAGUCCAACGACAGGAAGAGAGGAAUGGUGUUUGAUGGAGGAAGAUUAUGAUGAUAGGCGCGAUAUUUUGAGGUAUUGUCUUGGGUACAAUUUAUUUAGGAUUGCGUCUUUACUGAGUUAGCAAGACAUUCCAGGGUCUGAUCUCUGUUCACCAAUGAGUGCACUGACCAAUCAUAGAGAGCACCAUUUAGUAGUAUGCAAGAAUUUUCAAACAUUGUACCCCCUCCCUACCCCUGCUCACAAAGAACAAUAGAAACUGCAAAAUUUCUGACUCUCCCUUCUUAAUUGCAUGAGUACUAUUUCUGACCUCAAGCUGCCUAAGAAGCAAAUGACAGAAUGAAUGAAAAUGACUUGCUUUACCAUGGCCAGAUUUACUGGGGGGGGGGGGUAACCCCCUAGAAUCUCUCUAACCCCUCCAAUAAAGUGUUCAACCCCAAACGCUUCACCCCUCCUAUUUUGUGUUAAAGGCUUUAACGAAGCUCACUGAGUGGUGCCACUUGCACCCCACCAGAAAUUUUUCUACCCCUCCUUUUAAAUAAAUGAAAAUCCGCCCUUGUGCUUUACCAUUUCUACCAGAAUUGAGGGAGCUGCCACACCCACACCAGACUAAUACCUUGCAAAUUAUCUGUCAGCUACAACGUCGCCACUUUGGCAUACUGUACCAUAGUAAAUUGAAGUAUCUACUGAUCUGUUUUGCAUAUAUAAUUUUAGGUCAUUGUUUGGUGAUAUGCUACAUGAUAAAGAAAGGGUAAUAUAAUAAUUAUACAGAUUUAACAAUGUGAAGUAUAAGUUUGAAAACUAAAGGUAUAUCAUAAUUAAUUAGGCAGGGCUAGAUCUUUUUAAAUUUUCAAACACAAUUUUAGGUUUAAUUUACUCUGUCAGUGAGACAGUCAGCUAGCCUAUGUCUUUUUUGUGACUGCUAUUCAAAAAGCUAAAGUCUUAUCGGCAUAUUAUGUCUCUUGUUGACCAAUUCAAAAAGCUAAUGUCCUGCAUUUUAAUAUCAGACUGCAACUCAGGAGAAUUCUAACCUCACCUACUCUGGAACAAGGGAGGAAUGGCUGAAAUCAGUCUAUUGAUCACAAACUAGUUCAUCUAAUAUUAUUUUAGUAAAGCUAUAUAAAAGCCAGUGUGUAUUGAAGAAAUGAGUUUUUGAAAAAUGUUUUAUUUCUAGUCAUAUGUUUUUAUACGAAUUAUAUUUGAUUUUAAAUGUUUGUUGUACCAGCUUUAUGAACUGCAAUAUUUUACAAUAUAGUAAAUUGUUAUUUUUUAUUAUGAAUAUCAAAAUUUAGAAUAAACAGUACUUCAGAGCUAUCAGGAAGGAAGUGCAAAGAUUUCUCAGUGAAGGGAGAAAUCCUCAUUGUCUUGAUAUUGGGACUGGAACCGGUCUACUGUCCAUGAUGGCUGCCGCGUCUGGAGUUACUAAAAUCACAGCCUGUGAAGUAUGCGGUUUUGUGUCUAACGCCUGGAUGAAAUGAUUGAGGAUGAGAGUACAUUAGAGUUGCAUUUGAGUGCUUGUUUUCUUUACACCCUUUUAUGAGUUACAACAAGUUGUUAUCAGCGUCUUUUAUUGCUACUGCAUGUGCUUGUCACCAUGAGCUUCUUCUUCAGAAGUCUUUAAUAGGCAAUUUUACUUCUAAUUAAAUUUUCUGUAGCACAUCACGCAUGCACUCUUUCAUUUUAAUUAUAUAUAAUUAUGGUAUAUUUACACUAGGCAUUUUUACCAAUGGCUAAUGUAGCAAAGGAAAUUAUUCACGAGAAUGGUUUCUCUGACGUCAUCUCCGUUGUACCAAAAAGUUCUUUGGAUACAUUAAUACCUGAAGGUUCACUAAUUAUUAUUACAUACUGUACAUAUAUCUGUAUAUGGAUUUUUGCAGUACUUGGUUCGCUUAUGAGUCUUGACAUACUGAGAAAUUCACGCGAUCGAACUUCGCGCAGUAUCACCAACACUACAAUAUUUUAUUUUGUUAAAAUUUUAAGAUAUAGCAGAAAGGGCUGACUUUGUGGUUAUGGAGUUGUUUGAUACAGAACUUAUUGGGGAAGGAUUGUUACCAUCUAUGAGACAUGCUUACAAACACCUUCUAAAGGCAAGUUGAAGAUACUUUUCUCCCACAAGCGUCCUUAUAAAUCCGUCGUCUUUAAUAGUGCUUACGUCACACAAUUGUCGGUAUGCACAGUGCAUUGCGGGAUAAUUUUGGAUCAAUAAUUCAUUGUUUGAAAAUUACGUGGAUAUAAUCCACAGAAUAAAGGUACAUUGGAUCUGCAUUUAAGUACGCACGCAUAUCAUGAAAAUGAAGUGCAAAAACCACUAGUUAUAUAUUUCAUUUUCUUGAAUUCUUCUUCAGUUAUAAGCAGGUUAUCGUGUUUAUAUGAGAUAACCGUGGUAACUAGCACUUCUUUGUUCAGGAAAAUGCUACAGUUGUUCCAGCUGCUGCAACUAUUUAUGUCCAGUUGUUUGAAUCUCAAACAUUGUGGGAAAUGCAUCAACUGUCUCCUUUCAUUGUAAGUUUAGGCAAUUGCACACUUUUCGAUUGUUUGUUUUGGAGUCGUCCAUGAUUCCCAACACGAUUAUCAACAUCUAGACAAGCAAUCCCGCAAGUCUGAACCUCUUGGGUGUUAUUUUUAGUACGACGAUGAAGAAGUAACAUUAGAGGUUCCAGAAUCUAUCAAGAACUGCAAGGGUGCUCCUUCAGUAUAUGAUGUUCAAGCUGAUGAGAUGCCAUUGACGGACUUUCAAGCACUGACUAAACCUCUGCCUGUUUUAAGGUGAUCAACGUGGUCUAAGUGUAUUUCGUACAACUGAUAUGUCUGAACUACUGGUCCAAUAAAAAGAACAAUGUAGAACUGAUCGAUAGAGUUUCCUCUACUUCAGUAUAAUUAAACUUAAUGCAACACAGUAAACCGUCCUUUUAUUCAAUCAGGUUUCUUUUUUGCGAUCUGGAUGAAGAGGAAAGAUACGACAAACUGAAUACUGAAACAGUGAUGACUGAUUAUAAAGAUAAUGAAGUACUAAGUUACUUAAGUAAUGCUCUUGUGGAGCAUCAAGGAACAGCGCAUGUCAUCCUAAUGUGGUGGGAUUUACACAUGGACAAAGGUGGAGAAAUUAUAUUGAGCAUGGCACCAAAAUGGAUGGACGAAGAUAAAGCGAAAAGAAAUGAGGUCAUUUUAUAAUUGUUUUUACUUUUUAGCUAAUUUUUCAUAUUGUGCAAAUCUUUCGUCAUUUGAUUGUUUAUAUUAUAUUUUAAGUAUUUGACUAGUUUGUUUCUUCUUUGUGUUUGUCAACAGCUCUCUCAAAACUCUAGUUAUUAAUAAGCAAUUUGUUUACGGUUUCAUCUGAGUAGAUGGUAUCACUUCUAAACUGUUCUCCCUGGAGGUUCGUAAGGGUCAAUCAUGAUCAAUGUUAUUACAGGAGGAAAUCACAGUUGCUGGGUUCGAAUCCAGGUCGCAGAGGCAGGAUUUUAGCCAGAAUGUCAAAAUUGGCCGUCCGAAAAAUAUCGUGGACGUCAUGGCAUAAAACAUAGUAGCUGGAAUCAAUUGGCCAAAGGCUCAUGGACUAUUACCUCUGUGCUACCCUAACAGCUCAUAACUUUCUCUAACUAGCGUUGAAAGACUGAAAGAGGACAAAUUUCCACCAUUUUUACAGACAUCUUUUCUUUCAUAGUGGCGUGAUCACUGGAUGCAAGGGAUUUAUUUCAUGGACACACCUUUGCAAGUUAAAAAAGGUUCGAAAAUUUUUACAAGACGCUUUCGGUUAUCUUACAUUUUGGAUAUGCCACCUGUGCAAUUUCAAUGUAUAUUUUUUUCAGGACAACGUCUGUGUAUUCAAACGACACAUGAUGACUUUGCCUUUUGGUUUGACGUUCAUGCAGAAAAUAAGUAAGUUACAGUCGUGGCAAUGGAAGUAUUUAUAGUGUUACCAAAAUAUUUUACAAAUUCAUUUGCUCACAGGAACCAAUUCAUUUGAUUCAUUAUUUGAAAAUUUGAUAAAAACGUCCCGUGCAAUUGAUAAACGUCCUGUUGUAAGUGAUGGAUGUAGUGAAAUACACAAAUAAAAUGCCUAGUAUGAUUUUACAUUCAUUUGUAUCUUUUUCUUAAGACUCCAAGCAUCGAACUUAGCAACGAGAGGUCCGGUAUGUACAUGUGGAGCGCAUACAGUUUGGAGCAGACCUAGAUUUUCCAUGGUUAACGAUCGCAAGAGGAGGAAACAGUUUUAUACCUUAUCCAAAAAGGUGAUUUUGUACGGAUAAAUAUGCAUUGAAAUCAAUCUGGUGUUGUUUAAUCAUUCUGUCCCUAUAUUAACAAUUUACUCUUGUUCUCCUGUGUAUAGCUUGUGAAAAGUGGAGCUUCUGUUGGCCUUGUAAUCAGCGACGGUUCGUUAAUCAGUAUAUUGGCAGCAAUGGCUGGUUUUAAAAAGGUAGUGUCGAUCUUUUCAUCAGAAGAGGAAAAUCGUAGCAAACAUUGCAGCAAGUGUAAACGGACCUUUAUAUCUCAGUAGUGGCAACUAUUUCAUGAUUGAUUCGUUUUAGAUUUAUGUCUUGGAACCAGAAGUAGCGGCAAGACGCGUCAUAGAACAGGUGCAAACUUAUUUUUAUGACUUUCUGAUAUUUCUCAUUUCUUAUAGGGUUAAGGAUACAGUAGGUUUAUGAUUGACCUCAUGAUCAAAGAAAACCAUUUCGUACACGAAAAUGGGAAUUUAACCUUCUUGCGCGCGUGCCUUGCUAAAACAGACAAACAUGAAAACGAGGCCAUUAGAGCAAAAGUGCAGUAAACAGUAAAGUCUGUUCUUUCUUCCAUAUGAAUUGUCUAGGUUGUCAUUGCAAAUGGUUUAAUGGAGAAGAUUGUUUUACUGCCAAAGACUGCUGAUCAGUUAAACAAGACCGAUAUAGGGGAAAAAGUAGGUAUUUGUUUUUCAACUGUAAAUAUAAUAUAGCUUAAAUGAUAUAGUCAGUCGUUGAGUUAAACAAUAAGUGACCGGAAUCUGCUGUUUUGUCUAUUUUUAGAUUGAUGUUAUCCUUGGCGAGCCAUUUUUUGUCUCCAGUCUUGUGCCCUGGCAUGACUUGUAUUUCUGGUACGCAACGAGAAGCGUUAUGUCUAUAUUUGAUCAUCACAAAAUUAAAAUAUAUCCAGGAUCAGCUUGUUUAAAAGCGAUCGCAGGUAAGUUAUGGAAUGUAGACGCGUUACCCCUAAAUUUGCAAAAAAUUGUCUUUCAGAAUUCGUAUUAAUCAAGGUAAGCGGUAAACUGGAGCUCUAACGAAGUAAACUUGUGAAAUUUUGACGGCUAAUGGAUGCUGUACAUGUUUUUAUUCAGCUCUAAACAUUUGCCACCCAAAAUGACCACCAAACAAUUAUGUCGAGUUCCGUGUCGUGACGUCACUUGCAAAGGCUGAAUAUAUAAUGUAUCUAAAUCAUGAUUUUUCAAUUAUAGUUGAACUUAAAGAUUUGUGGAAAAUCAAAGCUCCUCUAGGCAGUGUUGAGGGAUUCAACGUUCAAGCAUUUGAUAAACUUAUUGAGGUGUGUUACUAAAUGCGCCAACCUUUGGUUAAUUAUUAUUGGAAAAAAUUAUGAGUGGCCUACUGGCCUUCAGUUAAAUCCCGUUCACACUUUUGGUGCGAUAUUCUUCUUCUGAUGGAUGUGAACGAGUGGGUGAGUUAUGAAUGUUCAGAUGAGCGUAUAUAUACUCACAACAUUCAUAACUCAUCGACUCGUUCACAUCCAUCAAAAGAACAAAUUGCUGUAGAAUGUGUCGAUAUACACACAGCGAUUUAUCUGGUCGAUUUCAGUAAAGCAAUUGAAAAAUAUUUGCUUAUAAAUUAACGCCAUUUGACGAGAUCAUCAGCUGACAAUCACUCGCCGUUGAAAAAAGAAAAAAAGAGCCACUCGGCACGACAAAUUGUGGUAUGAAAUAAAACAUACCACUAGAUGUGUUUUUAUUUCAAUUUGAUUUUAAUUUUAGAGUUGUCGUGUGGAGAACGAGGAAAAUGAGGCAGAACCACACAGUAUGUGGGAAUACCCGUGUCGUGCUCUGAGCGAUGUUUUUAAUGUCCAGAAUUUUAACUUUCUAAAUCCAAUACCUAACGAGAAACAAGAAAUUAAGGAUGCUGUCAAAUUUACAAGGUACUAUCAUGGUUUUCUGUUUCAGUGCAUUCUAAGAACACUCUGGUUAAAAUUCAUUGUUAAACAUUCUGGCAUAGAAUAAAGAUCCAUAUAGAAGGGCCACUUACGUCGGAAGCUUUGAAGUUUCUGUCCUCGCACAUGUCGCAUUACGCGUGUUGGCCGCCAUUUUCCUAGCCAGUCAAUGACAUUUUCUGGCCAAUAAACACGCUGUACUGGUUGGCUGCUCCGCCUUCUGGCCAGUAAACUGCAUAUUUUUGCAUACAAAAAAACGCGGACACGUUGCACCGCUGAGUGGCCCUUCUGUUACUGAUCUUUAUUCUGUGGUUCUGGUUAACCUGGAAAUAUCCAAUUAAUAUUCCUAGUUAAUUUUUGACUAGGACGUUCUGGUUAAAUUAUCAGAUUAUGUUAGGUGGAUAAAUAACCAUGGGGCCUGGUAUCUAGAGAACAACUCGAUGCUGAUUUUGUGUUUUUCUCAUGAACUACUAAUGAGUCUGAACAGGGCCGCAGGUUCAAUUCCUGUUGCAUUUUUCGCUUCUGUUCCUGGUUAGGUCUAAUAAAUGUAUAUAAAUUUCCACUCGACAAUUUCCAUUUACAAUACCCAUCAAAUAUUUAACAGUUAUUCUACGAACUCGAGUCGAAUAUGAGCUGAUAGCCGAUGAGGCGCGUAGCGCCGAAUCGGCUAUCGCUCACAUUCGACGAGAGUGAGUGGAAUAACUGUUUUAUUAUAUACACAAGGUCUGAAUUCACAGACUUUGCUUUUCGGAUAUUUUCAAUAUUUUUCUAUUUUGUUUAUGUUUUUAUCUUCGCUCUUUCGGCCGAUUAUUUUUUCAAAAAUAUAUAUUUUUAACCAUUUUAAAUUUUAAAAAUUUAUUUUCUAUUCUGUAAACAAUUUGUAGGAGUUUUUUUAUUGUGUUUUUAAUCCUGUAAAAGCUAUAAAAAGCGAACAACUUGCCGCUUUCUCGUUCGCAAAACGUUGGAAAUUCAGUUUGAGCCGCCAUUUUGUUUUUCUCUACUAGCAGGAUAUGAGCUAAUAUCCUGUUAGUAGAGAACCAAUCAGAUUGCAGAAUAUCUCAUAUCCUGACCUUGUGUAUAUAAUAAUAGAAUUUAUCUAGUCUUUAUUUACGAUUUUUAUUAUCCACAGGCAAGGAUGCUGUAAUGCUGUUAUUUUCUGGAUGGAUUAUCUGUUCGACGAAAAUAAUACGAUGUCAACAGGGUUGACAAAGGUUAGAAAAAAAGUGUUUUCAGCUUGGUGUGACUAUUCAGGCAAUAUUCAUCCUUUCCCACCGAUAUCCAGAAACUGUAAGAACCUCUUCUACUAUGUCACCAACACUACAGUAGAGUUGUGGUGAUUAUACUAAUAUGACCUCCAUUGGCUUCAUUUAUGCACAGCGCAAAUGCACUAUCCAGGCCUACUACCAGAUCAGUGCCGGGUCGGCUUCCACGUUUGAAUUAUUUCUCUCUUUCUCUAUGUAGGCAAUGGAGAUAUCAAAUGAUGGUUACAUCAAGAACUGGGUCAAGUUUUGCAAACAGGGUGUUUUCUUUGUGCGUAAUCCACGUGACAUUGACACAGCCAGUACAAACAGUCAUUUGAAAUAUACAGUAACAUUUGAACCAAGUAAUGGCUUAUUGACCGUGCACUGCGAUAUUGUAGAUAUUUUAUGAUAAAUGUAUAUAAUAGUAUUGCUUGAAAUGUAUGAUCUUUCAGUAAUUCAAGCACUGGUUUAAGUGCUCAUUAGAGCUGUGCGGUUCCAAAAAUUUUAUCCCGGUUUCGGUUUUUUUGGAACAAAAAAACCUCGGUUCGGUUCGGUUUCGGUUAUUUUCAAAAAAGAAGAAAAGUACAAAUGUAUGAACUCAUUUAUGUAUGUUUCGAGCAUUUUUACUAAAUAGAUGAAUUUAUGCCUUUCUAAGUUUGUAUAAAUCUCUGAAUAUUUUAAAAGAACAAUUGGAAUUUAUUUAUGAGGAUGUAAUAUUUCUUAGUUUUUAAAAAAAUUUAAAGCAAGUUCACAAAAAUAACUAUCACAACUAAAAUAUCAACUAUUUGAGCACUUAGUACAGUGCAUAUUGUGCACAAAGAGCACAAUCUUGUUAUUUUCCAAACAUUUCAACCUGCAAUUAGGUGGGCGUUAAACGGGAAAUUAAAACCGAAACUACCGGUUUUUUGCGUAUAGUUUUUCGGUGCUGAAAAAAGUACCGGAAGAACCGAAUUUUUCGGUUAACCGCACAGCUCUAGUGCUCAUACAAUUGAUCAAGAAUAACACUAAUUGACGGCUGAUUGCUUUAUUGUAACUCUCCGAUCCGAGUUGACGUCAUCAAUUUUUCAUCUCGCUGUAACUAGUAGUGUACCCACUUUUUGUGCGCGUGCUCGGCAAGUUACUGGAGGCAUGCAUUCCCAUUGGAUAGCGGCUCGCUUUAACUGCUCGCGGAACUUGCCGAGCGGAACUUGCCCAGUCGCCUGAAAAAAAGUGGGUACAUGAAAACGUACGUUUUCCGGCCGCAGUGUUUACGACGGCCAGUUCCAACUCUGUAUGUAUUUACUCUGUACUAUUACUUUCGGCCCAAAUGUGGUGCAAAUUCCCGUGCGUAAUACAAAUUAGUAUAAUUACAUAGGUGAUUAUUGAAAAUUCUCCACGCUGAUUGGUUGCCGUUGAGGUGAUUAUUACGCGAUAAUCACCUAAGCGAUUUUCAAAAUGGCGGCCGAAGCCUUUUUGUCAAUUAAAUGAUGAAGAAAUGUGUAUUUUCUUAUUUUUUCCAAAUAAUCACCUAUGAAAUUAUACUAAAACAAUUAUUCACCUCAGGCUCGGUGAUUAUCGUGAAUAAAAACCUCGACUUCGUCUCGGUUUUUAUUCACCGAUAAUCACCUCGCCUUCGGCGAAUAAUUGUUAAUUAAUACAAAAUUUGCAAAUUUCGUAGGGCUAUAUUUUCCGCAUUUUACAACCUUUCACGGCCAAACUUUGCAAUUUUACUAAUUUAACAUGCUCUUUCUAGCUGUGGUGAUGGAUUUUGUUCUUCUUGCCUAGAUCAAAAUCUAGUCUAUAGCUGGAAUUGCCCAUUGAAAUCCUCAACUUAAUCUAUACUGAAAAUUUCAUGAUGUUUGGACAUUCAGGGCGCGAGUUACGGCAUUUUGAAAAAUGUCUUUUUACUAUACCGCAUUUGUAUGGAAUCGCUGAUUAGAUCUAUUGCCUUAAUUUCCGUAAUGACUUAUUUGAAAUACUUGUUUUGUUUAAUUUGCUUGAUCCAGAUGUUUGCUUGAAACCACGUGUGGAGCAGACAUAAGAUUUGUCUAACUAAAGGUCAUGAUAUAGCAUUGUAAAAUUUUAAAAGAGUUGUCAGUUUGUUAAGAUCAGUUGAUCUUAUAGCUCUUCGUAUAAGCUAUGAAACAGUUUCUACGUCCAAACGGUUUCUACCACCAGUGUUACAUUUUAUAUUCAUCUUGAAUCAAAUAUGUAAAGUUUACUGGACGCAUGACUAAUCUUAGUCGAAAUCUACUGCAAAUUUGCAUACGCUUUGAAAAUCUUCCAAUAACUUUUAUCUGUUCAUUCCUUAUAAUUAUCCAACUAUAUUCUGUGAAAAAUGUAUCAAACAGGAACUGUUAAUACACUAAACUUGACAGUUUUGAUUUGACUUUGUGGCAAAAUGCGAACAUGUGGCAUAAAUAAUUUAGUAACAAUAAUACAUGCUUGAUCAAAACACCACCAGUAAACUAGUCUUUUUGAGUAGGGAAUUUCUAUUGCAUUAGCUAUUACUGGUCUCAUGAAAAGAACUAUAUAAGGUAAUAAGGUAAGGAUUUUGUAUCAGCAAGAAAGUUCUUAGAUAUAAACUCAAGUUGCUUCAUUAGUGGCUGUUUAAGCAAGUUGCCUUACUCUGGCAAUAUGAUAUUACGGUCUUCAAAACAGAUUCGUGUUUCUGUGUUAGUACUUUUUCUGACUUUGUCGGCGGUUGUUGUAAAAUGUGAUAAGUACAGCAAAGACAGUCAGCAACGUGGUUCGUGUAGUGGCGGAUUUUGUGCAUCGAAAGAUGAGUACGACGAGCCAUGCAUGGACGAAGGAAGGAAAGGCGAUCACGGUGACAUAGACGAUGAACCGACGGACGACGAUAAGGAUGAAGAACCGGAAGAUGAGCCCGAGGAAUUUGAUUAUCCUAAAGAAGGAUUGUAUCGCUGGGAUCCAGUCAAGGUCAGUUAUGUUUGAAUGUAGGGGUUUUGGUAGCGCAAUCUCAGAGCAAGCGCUUUCACCUCUGAGAUCGUGGGUUCUCUGCGGACUCGUGACAGAGUCAGUCAACACUUUACCGAAAGUCGUGUUUUCUCUAUAUGUACUCCUGUUACCUAUAAAGAAAUGUUGACAGGAUGUGUUGGGAUUUGCCCCGAACUGACCCUGCUACCGUUGCUGUGUUCCGUGACAUGAGUCCUAAGGCUAAGCUGGAUUGUACCAAAUACCAUGGAACGUCGGGGUUCUGUUCCUGUCGAGUCUUUUCCAUGUCACUCUGGGCCAUUAUAGAAGUGAUGAGUCGAAUUGAAUUGCAGGGAAUUACAGAGAUAUAUUUACAAUAUUAUUUAUUUCAUAGCUUGGCCAUACAAGAGAGUUAGAGUUGGAACCUGAUAAGUUUUAUUCAAUGAUUACAAGAGCUUUGGAUCCUCCCAUUUUCGGUAAGUAGGAAAACAUUAAUUGUCAAAAUAUUAUGCCAUUUGAACAAAGAUCAGGAUAGAAAACGUGCAUUUGUGCACGUUUGCAGACACGCUUUGCGAUGCUAGCUUUACGAUGACGCAUGUUAAAAUGACAAUGGGACUCAAACAAUUUUCAUAGAAAAAUUUUAGACGUUUUCAAAAGGUCUUCCAAAUGUUCCCAAUCAAUUAUCAACAUAUUUUGUCGUUCCAAACCUUCUGCUGAUAAACACUGAAGAAUUUGAAACAAUACUGAAUAUUUGAAGAUCGAAAAAGUGUCGACAUUUUCUAGAAACCCCCCGCAACCAAUGUAUGCCGAAACGGUUUCAAAUUUUCCAGUUUUCUUUACAAUAACCCAUCACAUAUACCUUCUUUAUUUCAGAAAUCCCAGACUUCCUGUCAGGGGAAGAAUGUGAGGGCAUUAUCAAUCGCACGAAGGAACGAGGUUUAUUCACCAGUCAUGUUCAUGUUGAUCCUGAAUCAAGAGAAUACGAGAAAAAGCUCAAAGGGUUAAUUGGUACGUUACUUAUUGUUAAUUGUCACAUUCAUUCAUGAAUUCAUGUUCAAUCUGAUAUCAUGUUCAACACUCGAAAUAAAUCUGGUAUUUCCGCGCACGCAUGCAUGUAUUAUUCUCUACUAUCUUCGAGUGGUGAAAACAAUAUUUUACGAACGAGCGCAUCGAGUGAGUAAAAUAUUGUUUUUAACACGAGAAGAUAAAAGUCAUAUCUUCAAGCCACCGUGUAAUGUUCUGUUUAUUAUAUAGUCCCAAGCAAAAAAUUGUUAAAUACUAAAAGUCACGUGAUCGACAUCUUCACUAGUGAAGAUAUGGAAAAUAUCUCACUGUGUAUUUUUCAGUAUCUCACUCUCUACUAUAUAAUAAAAUAUUGUACUCGCCUAUACGACAACGUAUAGGCGAAUUGUCUUCUUGAUUUACACAGUACGACUCAAGUUGUAGGCAGUUGCAUGCGAUAGAUUUACGCAAACGCUGUGUAGUGUAAUUCGGCCUUAAGCGAGAGCGGAAUCGAGUAUCCAUGGUAAACGAACCUACCAUCUCAAAGGUGAAAGGCCCUUUAAAGUUGUUCCUCAAAUUUACAUAAAAUCUUUUCUGCCUAGGUCACGCAAAAUCUCCCGCGGGCAAGUUUCACAACUGGGAUUUCAAUAAAGAUGGCUUUAUAUCUAAGGACGAGGUUGUUACUAAAACCAGCCUGAUUGCCUGAAUUUAACCUUGCUCGUUUUCACAGUGCACGACGCAGACUAAUGACUGUGCCUGUAUUUUUACCAGGUGAAGAAAUUUGCAGCUGAAAGUAAAUAUCUAUAUUUGAGCGAUGAGGAAGUUGAUGAAAUGUGAGUGAAAUGGAUGAUUCGAGCUAUAGAUCUAGGCAAGAAGAACAAAAUCCAUCACCACAGCUAGAAAGAGCAUGUUAAAAUUAGUAAAAUUGCAAAGUUUGGCCGCAAAAUGUUGUAAAAUGCGGAAAAUAUAUAGCCCUGCGGAAUUUGCAAAUUUUGUAUUAAUUUGUAUUACGCACGGGAAAAUGCACUACAUGCAUUUGGGCCGAAAGUGGUGCAUUUUUCCGUGCGUAAUACAAAAUUUGCAAAUUUCGUAGGACCAUAUUUUCCUCAACAUUACGCAAACCAAACUUUGCAAUUUUACUAAUUUUAACAUGUUCUUUCUAGCUGUGGUGAUGGAUUUUGUUCUUCUUGCCCAGAUCCAAAAUUUAGUCUAUCAGCUGAAAUCAUCUAUUGUUAUUGUGUUGUUUUAUAAGAUACAGAUGAAUGGAGGAAACAUUGUAGCAGAAAUAUUGCUUCCUAGCCAAGUUUUCCGACAAUGAGCAAACCAGAAAAACAACUGAAAAAUUGCGCUCGAUGAAAAUGGUUUCUGAUUAUGUUGCAAAACAUAUUUGCAUCCCGGAAAGGAAAAAAUACUUUUUAAUUAUGUUGCAAAGAUAGCCAAGAUCUAGAGGAGAACGCCAGGCGAUUUUACGGCAUGGCAUGGGUUAAAAAUUGUUAUAAAAGAUGGAUACGGGUGAACAGUAAUAACAUGAACUCUUUUUAAAAUUUAAAAAAUUGUUCCAUUUCACAGGAUAAAUAAAAUGGAAUUUGAUGAGUUUGAUGAUGGUAAGCAACCAAUCUUUAUCAAUAUUGCAUAUCAUGCAUGGAGUUUUUCAAACCAACCCGAACUGAGGGUAAGGGGCGGGAGGGGGUCUACCAGGAGGGGUCUACGGGAGAGGGUAAAGGGCUACCAGUACCCUUUCACGAUAUCUUUAAAUAUCAUUUGUAUAUAUACAAAUAUAUCAAAUCUGGGGUGUAAUAAAUUGUAUUGUCUUAGUGAUGGAUAUUGGUGAGAUGUUCCUCCCACUCUCUUUUUGAUCCGCUAACUAUAAAAUGGAUGUCGUGUUAUUUGUAGACGUGGUAACCAGGGAAGAGUUUCAAAACUUACGCACGGCUGGCAUGGAGAAAUAUUUCUUAGAGAUGAAGGCAACACAUCCAAAACAUCGAGAUCGUUACAGCCAUCAAACAUGGCUGCCACAGAGAGGAACUGGAGACAAGAUGUUGAGGCACAUACGACGAAGGUACGAAAUUAAUGCUCGUCCUAUAUUGUGUUAUGGGUAUAUGCAGAGGCGCCGAAAAGAGAGGAGGGAAAUUUGCUUCAGUCCCUAACAUAACAGGGACCAACCCUCAAGUUAAACACCCCACUUAACCAUGUUUCUGAAGUUUACAACUUUGGUCAUCACGGACCUUAAUUCCAUGAACUUUUUGAAUUAGAAAUUAAUGAGAAUAUUAAAAUUUUGACAUUCUAUCUUCUGUCUUUUUUGGUCAAAACAAAAACAAAUAGUCUAGAAAUAUGUCUUCUUAUAGCCAAUAAGAAAGCUGGCUCCAGCUUUGACUUCCACUGCCGGAUUUAUUAAUCUCAAACGCAUCUGAUUGGCAGCGGUAGUGCAAGUCAAAUCUGAACCCCUUUAUUAAUUGAGCAAAAAGCGUGAAGAAAAUGUAAUGAAUGAGAUGCCUAGGACCCCAUCAUGCGGAGACCUCGGGUAAACUUUUGCCAAUUAAAGGCCACUAAAAUCUCGCGGCUUUACAUGUACUGUAUAUGUAUGUUAUAGACGUCUAAUAUUCUCUACAAAGUUUAUUAGAAGUAUAAACAUGAUGGUUAAAUCAAUGUCAAUGCAUGUGUUUCAGGGUAUCAAAGUUAUCAAGACUUCCAAUGAAUGUCGUUCAAGGUGGAGAACAUCUGCAGGUUUUAAGAAUUCUUCCAUUCAUGCACACAAAAUUUUUUAAAGCCCUCUUCUUAAAAUGUUUAGGACUAUACUACUGCCAGCAUUGUUUAUGCAACUAAACCUUAACUUUGUUUUUUCUAGGUUGUCCAUUACAAUGUCAAUGGUCAUUACCACGCUCACUAUGACUCACAGUCCAACAAACAGUUUCCUCAAUAUAAAUGUUGUCAUCAGAACCUUGAGAAACUUCCUGAAUGCAGGCUGUGCAGGUGAGAGUCUAAGGACGUCGAUAGUGGGGGACGGGAACAGGUCCUAAUAAAUUACGUCCGUUGAUUAGCUUCAUCCUCCCCCCCCCCCCAAUUUCAACUUUGGAUUAUUCGAUACUUUGUCAUUUAGAACAGGAUUAUAUUGUGCAAGUGAGAUACUUAAGAUGAAAUAGAUAUUAUAAACAACCUAUAUAAAUUUUAAAAUUUAUCACUUCUAUGUAUUUCUAGAUACAUCACAGUUCUUUAUUACUUAAACCAACCUGAAGCUGGAGGGGAGACUGCAUUUCCUGCAGCUGAUGUCGAUAGCUUCAACGAAACGGUAGGUUUGAUCAGUAAUUAUCUAUUGAUUUCCAAAUGAUUACUUAUACAGUUCACGUGUUUAUAUGGCUUCCCUAUAUAAGGGCUGGGCCAUAGAUAUUUUAGGUGGUGAAAUUUUUGGUGCAAGAAUUUUUUUUAAGUUCGAGACUUUGUCGAACGUUUUUAUGAUGCAGAAACUGUGCAGAAUUUUUCUUUCUGAAGAUUAUUUUCCGCCCAAAUGCUUGCAAGAAUUUUCUUUUCAACUCUUUGCAUUAAUUUUUGGGGGAUCUACCACCCUCCCUCCCCUCCUCCCUGGAUAUCUAAUGGUCCACCCCUAUACAAGAACUUAGCCCAUCCAUUUCCAAUCCAUUCUCUAGGGUCUAUGACUAUGAAUAUAAAUUAGGGUCACCCUGGGCUAGAGCUGUUUGCUAUACCUGUGGUUAUACUAAAGCAACCAUGCACCCAUGUAUAGUCCAAACACAAUUAUUUUACGAAAUGUAACUAUAACUUAUAGUGAUACUUUAAUUUAGGUCGUGGCAAUAAUAUGAAAGCUUUGGAUUGAUAGGGAUGCAACUACCUGAAAAAUACAAGGAGAACUUCGACGUUGCAUCCCUAUAUCAAUCCAAUACUUUAAUUUACCAUGACAAAACUUUUUUCUUGCUAAUAUUCGCCAAAGCCAUGCAUUGUCAAACUGCAAACAGUAAUGCAUUGUAUUAAAUACAAUUUGUUUCAUUUUCACACAUUUUUGUUCUCUUAUACAGGAGUUCAGGAAGCGGAAACAGGGCGAUCAAUACAACCUCAGCCAGUUCUGCCACACUGCAGCGCUGGUGCUCCCACCUAAGCGUGGUACGGCUGUCAUGUGGUAUAACCACUACCUCGAUGAUUCUGGCUGGCUAGCAGAUCUCGACUGGAAGACCUUACAUGGCGGAUGUGAUAUUCUCAAGGGAGAGAAGUGGAUCGCAAAUAAUUGGUUGACAGCACCCAAUGAUCCGGAGAAACAUAUACCAAGUAAUUACUACAUCAAGGAACUAGAGGACGCCGAGGAACUCGCGGAAAAUAAUGGAUAUGAUGAGGAUGAAGAUGAUGAGUAGACCUUGUGGGAUUUAAGGGGACAUGUGGGAUUUAAGAGAACGUGUGUAUUUUAGAUGCAAGCGUGCAUAUAUAGGGUUAUAAAAUAUUAUAAAGGAACACAUGCAAGAACGCAUUAUAUAGGAUUUUUGAUACAAGUAAUUAGAACUAAUUAGAUUUUGUAAGACGACACGCCUAAGAGGCCUUGACUUUCUUGAAUAAAUUAAUGUUUCAUGAUUUGGAAGUGACCAUGCAGUAUAAUGAACUUAGAGAAAAUGACCGUUUGAAAGAACUCACUAAUUUGAAAGAACUCAUUUCCAAAUGGUUCUAUACUCUGGGUUCUUAUAUAAACUGUGGUUGCUUUACCCGCAAGUACCCGAAAAAGCGGCCGAUUACGAAAACUUUGUCUUCGACGUUUCGACCCUUUAUAUGCCUGGGAGUUAGUGACAUAUUUGUACUCAGUGAUCUGUGAUUUAUACUCCCAGACAGAUGGUCUCUGCUUGGAAUAUGAUGUUUUAAAAAAUCGGGGUUUUAGCUUAAAACAACCACAAUUUAUUAAGUACUAUAUCUAGUCUAUCUACACUGAAGAAAUGAAAAUCACAAAACUGACAAAAAGCCAAAGAUACGAUUUUACCUAAGCAAGGAUAUUGUAGGAUGAUGACUAAUCAAAAUAAGAAAGUUUAGGGGUUUUCUCAUAAAACAUGUUAGAGAUGAAUAAAUACAAUCAGAAGAUGUUUGAUUUCAGUUUUCUAUCUUCUAUAUAUAUAUAGCUAUUACGUUUUAAAAAUCCCGGAUUUCAGCAGCAUCUGUUGUCUCUGUAGCGCUCACUGAAACUCACCCAUUCGUUGACCUUGGGCAAGUGCAUUGAAAGUCUUUGCAGACAAACUAUAGGCUAUAGCCACGUAGCCCGUGAUCGUUUGAAGUGUAUGAGUUGAUGCACACCUCAGGCUAACAAAGUUAUUGUUAUUACAACAUUUUACAAACAAAACCUGUCGUUUCUAUGAGAACCGUGCUAGAUUCAAUGCAACCACCUUACUGAACUGCGCAGUCAAGCGCAAAGAGACGACAUACUAGGGUUUUUGUUUAUAAAACAUAUAUGCAUGUGAACUUGAUAAAUCUUCGUAUAUUAUAAUAUUAUAUAAUCGAAUUUAUCUUCUAUCAAUCGACAUUUUUAAAGUAGUUUUUUUCUGAGCAUACUUGGUAUCUUAAUUUUGGAUACAUGUGGAAUUUUUGAACGGAAACCUGUUGCCUCAUGCGCUGGUGUUACUGGGCAACGACUUAGGCAGUUAAAAUGAAGAUAUUUUAAAAAUUGUUUUAAAUUAACACUAAAUUAUAAUCGAUGUUCAUUUAAAGACUAAGUGAUUACCUCAAUUGAAAAUUUGUGGAGUAGUAUGGGACGAAAACGGUUCGUUUUGUAUGUUUGGUUGACUCAAAUUUGUUGUUUGCUAAGUGAUUCGCGAUCGCAAACUACUGAAAACAAUCAAGUCAAUGAUGGACCGUGUAUUGAUGUAACUAAAUCUUACGCAUUACCAAGGUACAAUCCUGUUAAGGUAAGACAAUAUUUUAACUCAAUAUUUUUUAAAAAGUCGCAAAGGAUGCAUUAUCCCAAAACUGUGACAUCUUGACUUUCGUUCGAAGGUCAGAAUAUUUUUGUAAAGUUUGCCACCUUUGUUGUACGCCAAGGAAAUUUUUGUUGCAACUUUCAACGCUAUUUCUGACAUUGGUAAUAGUAGAGAUAUUGUGAGUAUAGCCUAUAGUUUAAUCUACCGACACUUUUUAUUAUAUUUUUCAUCCCUUAUGUAGUGACGUCACACCAAGCAUCCUAACCCGAACUUUUCCGACCAUCCUCCGGUGUGACGUCACUACAUCAACUGAAUGCCGGCGUGAAGGCGAGUGAAAGUGAGCUAAGUUCUUUGUUUCACUUCAUUUGCAUUAGGUUCGGCGCAUGCCAAAAGUUCGACGUUUGACCCUGGCCUAACAUGGCCUUUACUUGUAUUGAAAUUCCCCAGACAGUAAUAAUUUUACUACCAUUGAUUGUUUUAGAUUGGAUACGAGCAAGAUAUUGAUUUAGGAAAGAUUGGGAAACGUUCAAUGAUAACAAGAGCGCUUCAACCACCUGUUUUUGGUAAACCGUUAAGAUCAUUACGUAAUAACUAACGUUCAUUAGCAAGCAGCCUAGGCCCUAGGCCUAAGGGCAAGGUUUUAGACCCAUAGAAUAUGCCACUGCCUACUGUAUUUAUGAUCGACGCCCCGGUCUAUCGUAAGAUGAGGGUUGACGAGAGUUCACAAGUGCGAAAGUUUACAUGAGAGUUUUACGUGAUGUCUGAUGACAAUAAGGUAUGGCGAAAACAGAAGUUAUACUUUAUAGCCUGCUUUAUAGUCACAAACGGUGGCUACUUAUAAGGCAUGCCGUAAGCAGCUGUACAUUAUAGCCACAAAUUAAAUCGUGGUUGUAAGAUAUGUCGAAAACACUGUGGCGCGCGUAGCGAAAACUCUCAUCAAAAAUUUAAACCAGCUCAAAGUUCAUGAGCGAAUGAUAAUCUAAACACAAUAAACGCCGAGUCGGCUAAAUUAUCAAAUUGAUAAACUAAACUAUUGACUACGUUGCUUUAUGUAUUUCUAAACUCUGCCUCGUCCCCAGGCGCUAAUUAAAAAUUUCAUGCGAGUCACUAUAUGAAAUAUUUACAUGAAGUAGUGCAUCGUGAUGAACAAGCGCUGGGGCACAGAGUGGCUGGGGGUUAUGGGCUUGAGCCCUUUGCGCGCCUAGAAUGUGACGCACUACUUCAUGUAAACCUUUCAUAUAGUGACUCGCAUGAGUUUUUUUUAUUAGCGCCUGGGGACGAGGCAGUUCUAAACUUACAUUUAAUAUAGUAAUGUUAGUGUGUCAUCGACAUCCCGGAUUCCCGGCACUAAAUGUUGUAAUUGUACUUCUUCGGAAAUAAUUCAAAUUUGUUACUGAAGCGAAUAGAUAUAGGAGCGAAUGUUUAAAACAUCUUCGGAAUUUCCCGCCUGCACGUACUAGCGAGACUAUGCUGCUUGCUGAUUGGCUGAAAUUUAACAUGAGAACUAAAAUCAUGAUUCUCAUUACCCGGUCUUGCAUAAAUUAGGCAUGUGAGUCAACUAAAGUUGCAAACUGGAUAUAAACAUUUGUCCAUUGACAUGUUUUUCAUUUUUUUAUUUUCAUGACAAUUUAAAGAAAUACCAGACUUUCUGUCAGAGGCAGAAUGUGACUUCAUAAUGGAGCAAGCACUCGAGCAAGGCCUGGAGAACAGUGUGGCUAGGGGAGGACUUACACCAAAAUUGAUGCCCAUUCUCCCUGAUAAUGGUAAGCAUACCAAGUGAUGUAUGUAGUGGGGCUACAUUGGUUAAAUAACCGGCCCAGAGGCCGCGGAAGUAUUUCGAAAGUGGAGAGGCAUUGGUCAAAAAGGCACUUUUGUAUAUGACCAAAAUUACACGAUUUUAUGUCGUUCACGAGCCGAACAAAAAUUUUGAAAAUAUGGCCGAGUCUCUAUAACGUCGGAAAUGGCCUUUACAGAGUCUUUACUACUGCAAAAAGGGCACUUUCUUUCGAGCAAAAAAGGGCGUUUAUUCAAGAAAUACUUUUUUCGUUCUUCAAAUGGGGCACUUUAAUCCAGAAAAGAGGGCACUUUUUUAUUUAAAAAAAGUGGGGAUAUAUGCCCCCAUUGCCCCUCUGUACCGCGGCCCCUGAACCGGCCUUGAUGAGAAAAUAGGUGAUGAUAGUGCUAUUAAUUCAGCAUAAGUAAAUCUAGCUUAGUUUUGAAAUAUUAAUAUCGAAAUAGAGUUGCAUACCAGAUGACUCUCUAACUUCACUGGCUAAAUUUAGAUCAUUGAAAAAUGUUCCGCUUUAUGUAGUGACUGGAAUGGUGAAACCAAAUGAACUUGGUGGCCUAUUUGAAAAUUGGGAUCGUGAUAAAAAUGGAGUCAUUGAUAUUCUAGAGGUAUUGUUACAGCUAAUGGCAGAAUUAAAAGAAAAUCGUUCAAAAAAGACAAAACUCAAAUGAUAGAUCGAUCAGUGAUAUCUCACGGUCGACGCGGUCGUUCAGUUCGUCCGCAACAUUGAUUCCUCCAAUGCUUCAUGUUUGCUGUAAACUGCAUGCAUGUAUAUUAUACUUUAAAAUACUAAUUCCAUUAACUAGAUAUAUUUUAUGCCGCCAGAUACAACUAAGGUACUGAUGAAACUACAGCAACAUUAACCCAAAUGUGCUUCUCUAAUCAAAUGCUAUACAACCGUGGCUUUUUCAACUCAAAUAUAUGAGCGCUGAGUUGCUUCGUUAAGUUGUCCCGUCAUAGAUCUUAGACAUUAGUAUCGCAUUCGCAUGGUUUAAUUCCCAGCAUGAUUCCUUAGACAUCCUAUAGGAUAGAAGUCCUAUACUAUAGAACACGACUAAUAUGAGUAAACAAACAUGUUUUUAUAAUCCAUGCAUGGCCAUACUAAUAGCCAUGGCAAUACUAAUACUAAUCUUAUUUUUCAUACAAAGAUGAUAAAAUUUGCAAGGAAGAAACACCUUCUGUUCCUAAACAAAAACGAUGUUUUAGACAUGUAAGUAAUACGACUGAUGUAAGGUCACAUUAUUUUGUUCGUUUCAAUAAUAAUUGCAAAGGUUGAAUUAUAUUUAUUUUCUUAUUUUUAACAGGAUUGAAAAAUUGAACAUAGUUGAAGCAGAGGAUGGUAAGUCGAUGAAUAAGAUUAAUUUAAGAAGUAAUUAUUUUAAAUAUAUCAUUUGUUUCUAUCCGUGAAGUUUAGGUCUUGACUACAAUGCUUUUUUUUCAGGUAAAAUAACAAAAGCGGAGUUCCCAAAUACGAAUAUUCUAGGCAUCGAUGGUUAUUUUUAUAAACUGCAGAGACUUCAUCCAAAACAUAGAGACAGAUAUAGCGAACAAACUUGGGUGAGCUUUGGACGGUCGGCUGAUAAAAAUAAGACUAUGUCAAGGAUUUUGAAAAGGUGCGAAGAAUUUAGUUGUGAUUGUCAGAUCGCCUUAUUUCCCUUAUAUGAACACAAAUUAAAUUUUAUAAAUCUCACUCAGGAGAGUUUCCCGGUUAUACACACGUAAAAACGUACAAGUUGUUAUAGGUCUGCAAACAAUGUGUUACAAAUCUUUCACAAUUAAGUUGUCGACAAGUUGUGUUCGCACUGCUUGUUCCCAGUUGUUGUAACAAGUUUGUAACAAGCUGUUAACAACUUGUAACAAGCUUGAUGGCAUGGUCAGACUUGUUACAAGGUUGUUCUAACAGGCCUGAUACAACCAUGAUAUAACAAGAAUGUUACAAGAUUGAUGACACAAGGUUGUAAUACUGCUAUAUCAUAUCAUGACUGUAUCAUUUUAUUGCAAACCAAAAUUGCCCGACUGUUGAUCGAAUAUUGCUGCCCAAAAAACUGGGGGGGGGCUACCGCCCCCCCCCCCCGCCCCCCCGCCCGGUACGCCUAUGAGUCUGCCAACAAGCUGUCAACAAGAUGUAUUCGCACUGCUUGUGACAAGUUGUCAACAGGUUUGAAAGAACUUGUCGAUCUUGUAACAACCUUGUCCAAAUGAUCAAACUUUGUUGCAAGGUUGUUCUGACAAGUCCGUUACAUGCUUGACAUAACAAGAUUGUUACAACCUUGUGUUGACAACCUUGUAACAUCCUUGUUAUAUCGUGGCUGUAACAAACUUGUUAGCACAAUCUUGUAACAAGGCUGAUAAUGUCAUCAAGCUUGUUACAAGUUGUUAACAGCUUGUUCCAAUUUAAACUUGUUACAACAAACUGGGAACAAGCAGUGCGAACACAACUUGUUGACAGCUUGUGAACAGACUUGUAACAACUUGUUUGCAGACUUGUUACAACUUGUGUGGUUUUACGCGUGUAGCUGGGCUCAUAUGAACAGGCCCUUAGACCCGCUGUGUUUUUCUCAUGAAUUAUUGUUUGGGAAAUGCAUUUUAGGGUUAUGAAGCUGACUGAAUUACCAAGUCAUUUGUUGUACGGUGGUGAAGAGAUGCAGGUAUAGGAAGUUUAAGAAAUUGUUCUCAUUUAUGAAUUUCUAUGUGUAUAUCAAAUAUAAAACAAGAGGCUACAUGCGAGUGUCUUAUAUCUGAUCAUAGACAAUCCAGAAGACAUGUCUUCUGGAUUGUCUAUGAUCUGAUAAAGCACGGACUGCGAGUGUUUUGAAUGGCUUAAGAUUACAGGACACCCUUUUUGGCGUUUUGCGGAAAACUGCUACUGCAAAGUCCGAUUUUAAUCAAAUUCUCACCAAAUGUUCGCCAGUGCAUGCAAAAUAUGGUAAAGUUUUAAAAUUAACAAACAAUAAAAUAAUGUAAGAAUUAUUCAGGAAAAUCUUAAAUCGCGGUACCGUUACGCUUUUGAGUUGUGCUCCUGCUGGUUUUAAGUUAUAUUUAUGAAAAUAUCAUUUUUAUACAGUAAAAUAGUUGUUCUAAAAAAUGGAGUUCGGAAAUUUUUGUUUAUUUCGUCAUUCCGCUGAUAUGGCGAUUUCCUUGACGACUGCAAUAUAUUUCUGAAUUGUUUGAGUGAAUUGCUCUUUAUUAUUGAAAUAUCCAAAAUUAGAACAAAGCCGAACACAAUUUUGAAACUGACGUCUUUAGCUAUGUCCUGUGAAAAUUUGAGAAAAAUUGGUUAAAACCCACAGGAGCACAACUCGUUUGAAAAUCAGUAAUUACCGUAAAAUUUUUCGGGAGAAAAUUGAAUUUGAAUAUUACAUUUUCAAUGUUUUUCUUAUUGCAGCGAAAUGUAUUUAAUUAAAUAACUCUGCGAGUUUUCAACAUUUUUCAUUCAAACUUGGUCAGAUAGUAGAACUAGUCUAAUGUUUUCAUGGAAACCAAUAAAAAAAAAUUACACAAAAUUAACACUCAAAGGUGUUCUGUAACCUUAAAAAACAACCCAUCCUGAUGAGUUCAUUGGCGAAGUAAUUUUAAAAAUAAACGUUGUCAAACCGAGAAAAUCAAAGCUAAAGUUUAUGUGAAUUAACAUGACUUUUUAUCACAUAUAAAACCAACAACACGGUUGUGAUUUCCCUUGUCUUUUUCCUCAUAAAUUAUUAAUUAUUCUUUUUAUUAUCUUUGUAGGUCGUCCGUUACCAACCGUACGGUCAUUAUCACGCUCAUUUCGACAGUGAAACUCACACUAGACAGAAUGUACCAUGUUGUCAUCAAGCUCAGCAACACAAAAGAUGUAAACUUUGCAGGUACCGUAUGUUUAAGUUUGUUUAGUUUGAUUUAACACUGCAUGAUUCCCAUAUAGUGUUUGUCAUUUCUUUUUUCUAAAUUUUAGAUACAUCACUGUCUUGUACUACUUAAAUGACGAUUACAAAGGUGGGGAGACAGCCUUUCCACUUGCAGAUAAUGUAACUUUAGAUUUGUCGGUGAGUCGCGAGUCCACGUUUAUUAUUAGAACAUUUCAUAUAUCAUCUUCAACACUCAUUAAUACACAUGGAAAAUCGAUCUCACAUAUUGUAACAAGUCUGCCAACAAGCCGUCAACAAGAUGUGUUCGCACUGCUUGUUGGGAGUUGUCAACAAGCUGUUAACAUGCAUCUUGUAACAACUCUGUUGAUAUUAUCAGACUUGUUGCAAGGUUGUUCUAAAAAGUCCGAUACAGUCAUGAUAUAACAAUAUUGUAAUUGUGUAAAAUCAUCGAUGUAUCGGAAUUCACAAUUACAAAUGGAAUUUUUCAUAUAGGAGGAUUCUGUGUAACCGAAUGGACGACUUGCGCUUUAGACUAAAUUUUAAUCUAAGUAAGGAUAACGAAAUCUAUCACCACAGCUAGAAAGAGCGUCUUGGAAUUAGUAAUAUUACAAAGUUUGGUGGCGAAAUGCGGUUGUAAAAUACGGAAAAUAUAGCCCUUCAAAGUUGGCAAAUUUGUAUACAUUUCUAUUACGUGCGGAAAUUGGUAACUAAUUUAGUUACCAAUUCACGCACGUAAUACAAAAGUAUACAAAUUUGCCAACUUUGAAGGGCUAUAUUUACAACAUUUCGCCACCAAACUUUGCAGUUUUUCUAAUUUUGAUAACUUCUUUCCGAAAAUAUCCUUUGUUAUUCCCAGAUUAAAAUUUUUUCUAAAGCGCAAGUCGUCCAUUAUUCAAACAAACUCGUUUCCGAAGGCGUUGGGUGGUCGCGCAGCGACCUAGGGGCUUGAAAAUAUGAAUCCGAAACCUGUUCGAGACGAGAUUCCAAAUUUGACUUCGCUGUUGCACAUGUUGUUUUUCUGUAGAAAACAAAAGCUCGAGAGGACAAGGAUAUGUUCAACUUGAAUGAAUAUUGUCACAGUGCCAAUCUUAUCGUGAAGGCAAAAAAGCGAGGAACUGCAAUACUGUGGUAUAACCAUAAGAUGGAUUAUAAAAAUGGUGGGUGGUUAGGAGAGCUGGAUGGUUACAGUUUACAUGGUGGUUGUAUGGUGACAGAGGGUGAAAAAUGGAUCGCGAAUAAUUGGUUAACAGCUCCUUAUCAUUAUGAUACAGAGACUCGGAGUAUCUUUCUGAAUAGAUUCGAAGGGUUUGGAAUUGGCCCAUGA